AUGCCCACCAUGACCGAAACUAAGCAGCGCACCGUCGCUGCGCGCUUCGAGACCAAAGACUUGGUUACUUUUGACAAGAGUCAAGUCUAUGGUGACUGGCGUGAUGAGUUUCACCAGAAUGGCUGCGUUCUGAUUAAGAACGUCAUUUCUCCCGAACGUGCUCAGUACUACUGCGACAAACAGAUCCAAUGGUUGAAGAACUUCGAACUUGGCUUCAACGAAAAGGAUCCCAGCACAUGGACUGCUGACCAUCUUCCCGUGAGCUUUAAGGGUGGUAUGUACUUUUCAUAUGGCUCCACCCAUGAGAAGAUGGCAUGGGAAGCCCGGUGUGAGCCCAAUGUUGUCGCGAUCUUUGAAAAACUAUGGGGCACCAAUGAGCUCAUCACUUCUUUUGAUGGAAUGAACAUCUCCUUGCCAAACCGCACGGAUCUUAACUGGAGCCCUUGGCCUCAUUGCGAUCAGAAUCCAGAGCGAAAGGGCAUGCAAGCGGUCCAGGGUCUCCUCAACUAUGCUCCCAAUGGCCCAAAGGACGGAGGUCUGAUGCUCAUGAAGGGAUCGGCGAAUCUUUUCAACGAAUUCUUCGAGCAUAAGCGUGAGUCUGCAGAUCACGAAGAUGCCCCGCCCCCAGAGAUUCAGUACAUGGACCUAUUCCUCUUCAGCGAGAAAGACAUCAAGUGGUUCGAAUCGCGAGGCUGUGAGUUAGUCAAAAUUAACAUGGAGCCUGGUGACUUUGUACUCUGGGAUUCUCGGACCAUGCACUAUGCUUGUUUGCCCGAAGGCGACCAAAUCCGGCAUGUGCAGUAUAUCUGCAUGACACCGAGAAAGUUUGCCGAUGAGGAGGCCCUAGAAGCAAAGAAACAGUGCUUUGAGACUUUCACGGGCACCACUCAUUGGCCGCAUUGCAACAUCCGUCCUGCUGAGGACAAGCCUCUUCGCAAUGGAGAGGUUUGCCCCAAGUAUAGAACGGAGCCAUUUGAGAAGCCGAUCAUCACUGACCAAGUGCUUCGACUGGCUGGAGUGAAGCCGUACUGA